AUGGCUUCCAACACUGCACACUCGGGCACUUUGGGCCCAAUUCUUUCAGCGCUGGCUACUAUGCAGAGCAAUGUGGCCAGCAAGGACAAAGCGCAGGCGCACGAAUUCCUUGAGAAAUUCCAGAAAUCACAAGAAGCCUGGAACACAACUGGUAGCAUACUUCAAGACUCGUCCACGUCCGUCGAAGCUCGCCUGUUCGCAGCCACUACGUUGAAGGGAAAAAUCUACGUUAAUGGACCGAGGCCCAUAAGAACUCAGCUUUGCAUUUGUAUAGCAAGCUUGGCCAUCCAGAUGCCAACGUGGAGGAAUGUCCUUCAGAUGGUUGGCUCUGCGGUCAGCAACUCUCCACAAGGAUUGGACAGUCUCCUUGACUUUUUACGAAUACUUCCCGAAGAAGUGACCGAAGGUCGCAAGAUCAACUUGACAGAAGAACAACUCACCAACAGAACAAAGGAACUGUUAGAGGACAAUUCGAAGCAGGUCUUGUCGCUCCUUGUUUCCUACGCUCAAGCAUCCGGUACAAAUGCAGCCAAUCCUAGGCUCUACGAGUGUAUCGCUUCGUGGUUACGAGAAAUACCUGCCGUAGAUGUCGUCAACUCACCUUUGUUAGACCUGAUGUUUGGAGCCAUCAGCAGCGACUCAUCCUUCGAUGCAGCUAUCGAUUGCUUAUGCACUAUUUUCAAGGAUACCCGGGAUGUCGACGAGAAUAAAACAGUCAUACAAGAACUAUAUCCAAGACUCCUUAGACUAAGAUCUAAGGUCGCCGAGGCCUCAGGUAUCGAAGACAACGAUCUCCUUAAAGGCAUGACUAGACUCUUCGCCGAGGCUGGCGAGGCGUGGGUAGUGCUCAUUGCCAGAGAGCCAAACAGCUUCCGCUCAUUGGUCGACGUCAUCCUCGAAUGUUGUGCCUACGACAAAGACCGCGAAGCCAUCUCCAUCACAUUCAUCUUUUGGUACGACCUCAAGCAAUACCUGACUCUGGAGAAGUACAUGCCAGCAAGAGCUGCUCUUGCCGAUCUAUAUUCUAGGCUCGUCGACAUCAUGAUCAACCAUCUGCAGUUCCCUAGUCCCGAAGGCGGAGACGAAGCAGACUUGUUUGAUGGUGAUCGCGAACAAGAGGACAAAUUCAGAGAGUUCCGUCAUAUGAUGGGCGAUGUCCUUAAGGACUGCUGCGAAGUUCUGUCACCCACCGAGUGCCUAAACAAAACCUAUCACAAAAUUAGAGCUUGGGCACAAACAUAUGCAGGUCAAGCUCAAGCCAAUUCUGUCCCUCAUUGGCAGGAACUCGAGGCACCCAUCUUCGCUGUACGCGCAAUGGGUCGCAUGAUCAACCCUGAAGAGACUUCGGUACUGGGAGAGGUCAUACCUUUACUGACUCAAGUGCCAGAUCACGACAAGCUGAAAUUUCAGGCGAUCAUGGCUUUAGGACGCUAUACUGAGUGGACUGCAGAACAUCCUGAGACGCUUGAGGUGCAGCUUAAUUACGUUAUUUCUGGCUUCCAACAUCCUUCUCCUGAGGUGGUGCAAGCAUCCGCGCUUGCCUUUCAAUACCUUGGGACCGACUGUCGGAAACUGCUUGGCGGGCAAAUUCCUGUCAUGCAUCAGUUCUACGAAAGCAUUAUCGACAAGCUCAAACCAAACAGCCAAGAAGAAGUCACUGAAGGUGUGGCAGCCGUAGUGUCAGUGCAACCUCUGGACAAACUCUACGAUACCAUGAAGAUGUUCUGUGACCCUGUGAUGAGACGUAUAGUCUCUUUAGCGGAGCAAGCGAAGGAUGAAAAAUCCGAAAAUGUUGUUGCUGACUACCUAGGUCUGAUCGUUACCUUUAUCAAGAAUGUACAGCCAUACGUAUCGCCAAAUGAAGAGAAUCCAGCUGUCAAAUACUGUAAAGAGAUUCUCCCAGCACUCUCGAGUAUCUCGAAACACUUCACGAGAUCCAUACCAAUUCUUGAAAGAGUCUGCAGAUGUUGGAGGUACAUGAUAAUAUCGUACCGCACAGCCACAGUACCACUCAUUGGUGAACUGGCGAACAGUAUUGCUGAAGGGUUCCAGGCUUCUCGUCAAGGGUGUUUCCUAUGGGCCACAGAUGCUGUUAUCAGGGAGUAUUCUUAUGGUGCCGAGUAUGUUGACCAAGACACAAGCGAUAGUGUCUUCCAGUUUUUCGGACAACAGGCUACAGUCUUUCUACGCAUCUUGAACGAGCUCAACCCCAACGAAGCUCCAGAUGUUAUCGAGGACUUCUUCAGACUGGCUACGGACGCAGUUCGGUUCUACCCGAGAAAGACUAUAACUUCACCACUCGCUGCGCCAAUGGUCCAAGCGUCACUGACAGCUUUGACACUACCUUUGGUCGAUCCGCUACUUGCAACGUUGCAGUUCCUUCGAGACUAUCUUGACUUUGGCUUCGAGCAUCCGCCAAUUUCAGAAUUCACAUCAGAUGGUGGUCCACCCCCCAAGACGUCUACGGAGGUCAGAAGCGCUGUACGACAAGUACUUCAACAACUCGGCCAACAGAUAGUGCAGCAGACCAUGACUGGUCUGAUGUACACUUUUCCAGAGGAUUGUUAUGGCGAUGCUUCGGCGAUUCUGCUGACCAUAUUCAGCCUGGCGCCAGAAGCCGCUGCACAGUGGGUUGCAUCGACGUUGCAGCUUCUUCCUCCAGGUAGCUUGAAACCAGAAGAGGCCAACAAGCUGAUGACCAGUAUAAAUGAGAAGGUCAGACAGGAUGAGGUCCGAAAGGUGAGAGCGAUCCUGCAAGAUUUUACAAAUAGCUACAGGCGAAGGAAUGUUGCUCCGCGAGAAGGACUUGGCAGAUUGGAAGCGACUCGAUUUAGAUUUGCUGGUUGA